CCAUUGCGGGAUCGCCUCGCUCCGCGAGCCGGGCUUGGCUGCUGCUGCCGCGGCGGCUGCAGGGAGCUGGCCGGCUGCUGCUGAUGGAGAAGUGAUGCUGGCUGCCGGGACCCGGGCGGCAGCAGCGGCAGGACCAGGACCAGGACCAGCCGUGGGAGCCCAGCUGAACCCUCCGUGCCGCCAGCCAGGCGAAGACAGCAAAGCCAGCUGGUUUAUCAAUAUGCAACCAGCACUUGUUCGAUAUGAGGUGGAGAAGGCGAGAUGAAAAAUGGCACAGAAUGAAGAAUUAUGAAAUUAUGGGCAUGGCACAGCUAAGCAAAGAAGAGCAAUUAAUGAAGGGAGAAAAACGGAACAUUGUCUAAGUCAGAUUAUGCACUUCAGAAUAAUACCAUAAAGGAUCAUCAUUUUAAUCAGUUAUUGAUUACAGUUUGGGGACCUUACAUAAAUUCCACUCCUUGCUGCUUUUUAUAAGAGAUAAAUGAAAAUACCAAGAAAUAGAAGCUGCUACUAUACAAAGAAAGAAAGAAAAAAGUAUCUUCAGGGUUAAUAUCCUCCAUCUGAGAUCCAUGAACAAUUACACAGUUAUUUUUCUAUAUCGAACUUUAAGGUUUGUUAAUAAUAUGCUGCCUUUGCGGGACACAGAGAUGCUAAUGGUAAGAGGGCUAUUUGUUCACUAUACUGAAUAGAGGAGCUACAGAAACAAUGGCUUCAAAGGUCUCAUGUUUAUAUGUUCUGACAGUAGUUUGUUGGGCAAGUGCUCUUUGGUAUUUAAGUAUAACUCGUCCUACUUCUUCCUACACUGGCCACAGACACUUCAAUACCAUAUCGAUAGCCAGGAAAAAUGUCUCCUUUGGUAAUAUAAGAACUCGACCUAUAAAUCCACAUUCAUUUGAUUUCCUUAUAAAUGAGCCUAAUAAGUGUGAGAAGAGCGUCCCUUUCCUAGUCAUUUUGAUCAGCACAACUCACAAAGAAUUUGAUGCAAGACAAGCAAUUCGAGAGACUUGGGGAGACGAAAACAACUUUAAAGGCAUCAAAAUUGCCACUCUCUUCCUUCUUGGGAAGAAUGCAGAUCCUGUAUUAAAUCAGAUGGUAGAGCAAGAAAGUCAAAUUUUUCAUGACAUUAUUGUUGAGGACUUCAUUGACUCUUAUCAUAACCUUACUCUUAAAACGUUAAUGGGUAUGAGGUGGGUGGCCACAUUUUGUCCAAAAGCGAAGUAUGUUAUGAAGACAGACAGUGAUAUUUUUGUAAAUAUGGAUAACCUUAUUUAUAAACUGCUCAAACCCAACACCAAGCCAAGGAGAAGGUACUUUACUGGUUAUGUCAUCAAUGGAGGACCAAUAAGGGAUGUCCGCAGUAAAUGGUACAUGCCCAGAGAUUUGUAUCCUGACAGUAAUUAUCCACCAUUCUGUUCAGGCACUGGCUACAUUUUUUCAGCUGAUGUAGCAGAACUGAUUUACAAAACCUCCCUCCAUACCAGACUUCUUCAUCUGGAAGAUGUGUACGUGGGACUCUGUCUUCGGAAGCUUGGCAUUCACCCUUUCCAAAACAGUGGCUUCAAUCACUGGAAGAUGGCCUACAGUUUGUGUAGAUAUCGCAGAGUGAUCACAGUGCAUCAAAUAACUCCAGAAGAAAUGCACAGAAUCUGGAAUGACAUGUCAAGCAAGAAGCAUCUCAGAUGUUAAGAUUUUUACAGAUGUAAAUACUUUUUUUUUUUAUUUGGGCAGAAAGGAAUCGGAUAAUUUAUAGGCAAAUUAACUUGGAGGAGGGUUUUAAUAACUGAUUUUGCAUUCUUGUCUUGACUCCUGGUUUGCACCCUUCAGACUCUAUUCAUAAAGACAUUACGCAACUUACAGGGGCCAGCGUCAAAUCUCAGAGUCAUUGCUCCCUAUAACAACAUUAAAAAAAAUAAGCUCUUGCACCUGUAGGUAUAAGAACAGUAGUAGCUAACCAGAGCUGCAUAACAAUUCAUGCCCAUGCAUCUGAGAUGAGAGUCUGGCCCUAAAAAAUGAAGAAUCAUGUUAACAUCUUUAUCUCAUCCUCACAAGCUAUAAGUGUCUUUUUUUAGGGCUCUAUUCAUAUAUAUACACACAAAUAUAAAAAAUAUACUAAAUGUGUGUAUUUACAGCUUGAGUGCUAUCUUUGCACUGAUUUUAUACACCUGUAUUGGCAUGUACAUUUUACUGUACAGUAUGUGCAGUUUAAAAAUCAGUUUAUUACUGGCAGAAAGGCAGAAUUUAAACAAGUGUGAAUAUAACAUUGAAAAUCAAAUACUGUAGGUCUUAGAAACAACACAACCUGCCCAAAGAUAAAAUACAUGCUCCAAAAAGGUGGCAUUUAUGUGGAUUAUAUAAUAAAACCACAUAAUUCCCCCUGACUAAAAGAGCCCUAUCUAAUAUAAUCGUACAAUGAAAUAUAAUUUGUGUGUGAAAUACAAGACAAAGAAAAUGUGUGCAACAAAAACUAAAAAUCAAAUCAAAUGUGUAUUCAGGAUAAAGGUACUUAAAAUACUUUAACAUUUUCUUUUUAAAACAAGUGCAGCAUAUCUCCUUAGUACUACUUAGGACUCGUAGAGAUAUAUACGCACUAACAGCAAUACUAUUUUGGUACAGUAUUAUUGGACUAGACAGUAUUAUCACCAAUAGAAUUUUCAUAAAUUAUAGUGUCUGCCAUAGCAAAUAUGUAAUUUUAUUGAAUAAUGGAAAAUAUCAAUAAAACAAUCCUUUCCUACUGUCUUACUGACUAGAAGCAAGUUUACCAUCUCCACAUCACUUAGUAUAUCAUUAAAAUUAAACACAACAUAUGGUACUUAAAGCAUUUUGCUUUCUUAGAGCUAAAUUCUGCUUUUUACUGCAGUGCACCCAUUACAGAAAAUGUAAUUACUCAAGAUUUAUACCAGUGUAGCAGAGGAGAAUUUGGACAACACAAAAAAUACUCAGUCAAUUCUUUCUUGGGCAACAGAAGGAAAGUAUAAUAGCAGUUAUGUGGAUCUCUCAAGGGGAGAAUAGAUCCUCACAGCAAAAUCAAGAAUAUUUAGAAGCAACACGUACAUAAGCCAAAUUCUAGUCUUUGUUUCAUAUAUGGAGCUACCAGUGAAGUCAUUAUUAAACCAAGAAGUCACUGAGGCCCAAUUCAGGAAAGCAUCUCAACUCAGGACAGCCCUUAAGCACACACUUAACUUUAAGUAUGGGAUUGAAGUCAAUGGGACUCAAGAACAUUCUUAAACGUCAAAUACAUUCUUAAGUGCUUUCCUGAAUCAGGGCCUGGGAGCUGGGCACACAGAUCCCAGGGCAGAAUUUGGUCUUCAGACUACAAAACAUGUGACUACUUAAUUUAAAUUUUCCCCUCUAGGUACAAAUGCCUUUCCCCUUUAGGAUUCCCUUUCCUUCCCUGGCCUUUUCCUAUAGGGUGACCAGACGUCCCGAUAAAAUCGGGACCGUCCCAAUAUUUCGCUCCGCUGGCAGCACUGGUUUUUGUUUUGUUUUGUUUUUUGCUCCGCUGGGCAGUCCUCGGCUUCUUUUUGCUCCGCAGGCAGCACCCCCCACACCCCUCAAUGUGUCCCGAUAUUUUCUUCCUCUCAGCUGGUCACCCUAUCUUCCUACAGCGUAACCUGCUUUCUCAUGCUUGCUCUUCUCUACUCCUGUCUCAGGCCUGUGCAUAUAAUGAGACGACAAUAGAUCCCAGAAGCACAUCUCUGCAACCUUUAUGAAUACUAGUGGAGUGAGAUUACUGAAAAAUAUUUUCUGUUUGAAUCAUUAAAGCAAUGUGCUUUCACUGCCUUCACACAAGUGUGCUUUCAAUUAAUAUUCUUGCAGGAUGUUCACUGGAACAAACAGAUUUAAACAAAUAGUAUAGAGUAUUCAUGGAAAUUGAAUUUUCACCUGGUAAACAUGACAAUUCUCACUCAAAAUCUGAUAGUAACAGACAUCCUCAUUCAUCGAGGUGACCUAAAUGUCCAAUCAAAACAACUCAAAUUUCAAAUAUUAAUUAUAGUUGGAGAUGGUCAAAAAAAUCCAAAAAUAAUUUUGUAAAAAAAUUCAAAAUGUUGAGCUUGUUUUUGUUUUGAUGUGCUCAAAAUGCAACUAUUACGCAUUCUUUGUAAAAUAUUCAUCAUUUUUCAAAAUGGUUAUCUAAAAUUUUCAUGUUCUGAAAAGUUAUUUUAAGAAAGUGAACGUUUCUAUAACCAUUUUGACAACACACAACAUAUUUUCUUAAAAAAUUAAAGCAGCACAGCAUUUUUCAUAAAAACAAAUUUGACAACUGACAUUUUUUCACAAAAGAAAAUCAUUUUUGAAAAAGGCUAUCUUUGCAUGAAGAGUUUUGUCUGAAAAAUUUCAGCCACAAUACAUUCCAAGAAUUACUUGCUGAAAUUAUUCAGAAAAUAAUUUCAGCAAAAAGAAUUCAAAAAUAUUGCUGCAUGUUCACAGUUUGCAAACUGAAAGAGGCAAAAUUCAUCAUAAAAGUUAUAGCUAUGGAUUAUUCAGCCAUCACUGGUGUCCAGUGUUGUGUAAGUACAGAAGGAUAGUUAUGUCAUUCAGGAUAUCCAUGGGGAAAUAGUAUGAAAUUAUUGAUUCAUUGUUUAAGUGAAAUCUCUGAAGUAAUUUUGCCCUUAAUAUUAUCUGUUGUUAAUAUCAUGCCAUAGGUGUACAUAGCACUUUAUAAACAAGUAAGCGAGCGUUCCUCCACCAAGGAGCUUACAUGCUAGUGAAAAAUCCUGCUCACCUUAUUCACAUAGCAGUAUUAUUGAUUUCAAGGGAACUACUUGUAUAAAUCAGGUGAGGAGGAUUUGGCCUUUAAACCACACUAUAUAGUGCAGUGAAUGAAAACAAUAGGUAUUGAGCUUUACUUCAGAGUUAGAAGUGAAGCCAUACAGUAGUUAGCCCAAUAGCUGCUGCUAAUUUAUAACUGCAGUUGCAUGCGUAUCCUUAGAAAAAAUCCAGAAAUGUUGGCUAUGAACACUGAAUUUGCUACAAUGAAAUCAAGAUAUAUCCGUCUCAGCUGCCCUUGAUAAAGCUGUUCUUGCUUCCUGCCAAACUCAGAACUCUAAGAAAACAAAGUUCAACUGUUUGCACAUAUGCAUUUUAUAUACACACACACACACAUACACACACACACACACACAGAGUGAACUUCAUCCUUUCACACUCAAGCCCAACUAUGUGCCAGUAACUAAAUGGAGGGUGAAAGAUGGAAUUCACCCCCAGCUCAUGGGUAAACCACAGACUGCAAUGCAGUCUCUCCAUAAACACUUACUGUAACUGUUCCAACCAAUAAGCUGGAAUAGCCUCUGCUGUAUCUUCGCACACUGUGUGGGGAUAUUGGGCCCUGGAUCCAAAAACUCAUAAAUCCUGUGAACUCACCUCCAGCCAUUCACACUCUGCUCAGCCUAUUCGGGGGAAGCAGAGAGACCACCCCUCUGUAGCCCAUGAGGGUCACAGGGCUCCUAUUCCCAUCAUCACAGGGCUUGAGCUUGGAGGGCCUUGAAUUUCCUCCUUUAUGAGCAAACUGCCUCAGACAGCCUAAAAAUUGCAUUAAUGAUUAGCAAGUACAUCUUGAAAAUACUAUUUCCUGGUGUUUAUAAAUAAAUAGUUUUUCAACAGAAAUGUAAAUAUUCAUCAUGGAACUCGUACAUAUAUUUUGAAGGCAUUUUCUUCUGUAUUCAGCUGUGUAGAGUCUGCUUGCAAUUUAAUAUUCUGUUAUGCAUGGAGCUGGGUUAGGCAUUAUGUUUGUCCAGUGCUUCAAGAGCCUUAAGCAUGUGUGCCCUAACUUUUGAAUAUACAAGACUUUUUUAUGUCAGGUAAAAUAAAACAUGAACUAAUUUUCUAUUUUUAUUAAUUUUCUGAUACUGUACUUCACUAGCUUUUUACGACCAUGAUAUGGAUUUAGUAUUUUCUCAUCACUCAAAAAAUAGAAUAUGCAAACCAUAUCUGGAAAGGGAUAUGUCUGGUCCUAAAACCAGCACACUGUCCCUCUAACCCAAAAGAGUUUGUGUUGGACUGAAUAAGGUUAAAUAGCAACAAGCAAUGUUUGCAUUGGGCCCCCUUUAAUCAAAACAAAUAUUUGUGUUAAAGGUGAUUUUGUUUUGACAAUUUAAGAGUGCUGGAUUUUUAAAUCACUUUAAUCAAAAUAUGAAUACAGUCAUAUUUGGUUUUGAUUGAAUUGUAGCUGAACAAAGCACAUGGUACCAAGAAUCUGUGGGGGGAGAAGGGGAAGGGGAGGUGGGAAAUGUCUCUUUUGGAGGAAUUUUUCACUGUAGCUUUUCCUGUCAGAUGACUUGGGAAUUCUUCAAUGAGUACUCAAGAUUCAUUUUCCAUCUUUCCUAAUAUUUAGAUUCAGUACAGAUAUUGAUUCUUUAUGGGGAUAUUUUUUAAAAUAUAGAAGGCAAGGGCAAUUUAUAAAUGAAGGAAGUAAUUAAUUAGAAAAGCGUGUUGAUAGCAACUGAACUUUAGGUGUAUCAUUAUAUAUGAAUGGCUGUAUUUAUGUAUUUAUUUGUUAAAAUUGUAUAUAUUGUUUUAUCUACCGUAAGUGUCUGUAAAAGUGAAUUCUUUCAAAGUAUUAUUUAGGGUUUUGUGGGGUUGCCAGUCAAGCUGCUAAUCAAGAUACUAUUUUUUGUAUAAAUGUCAAAUUAAAAAAAAACGAAUAGACAAAUGAAAAACUGACAGUGUCAAUGUACAGUUCGCUUCUUCACCUCUCUCUUUCUCAACAUGUAAACUAUUAUCAGAAAGCACGAUGCUAAUGUAUAGGCAUAUCUGCCAUGAGAAAGAGCAUUGUGCUGUAAAAGAUGAUUUUUUUUUAAACAUUGGGAAAAAUAAACAAAAGGAGAAAUUAU